UGGCGCCAAGAGCCCGCGCGCGCAAGAGGGGCGGUUGGCUUCGCCGGAUGUGACGUCAAACAGCGGCGGCUUGAGGCAUUUUGAAGAGCGACGUCGGUGGAGAAGAAUAUUAAAUGUAUCUAAAGAUGAAAAGGAAAGUAGCCAGACCUGGGAGACUUAGGCUUAGCCCCAAUGAAGAAGCUCAGCUGUUGAAAGAAGAGCAUGAAAGAAGAAGAAAAUUGAGGCUACAGCAAGUUAGAGAGCAGGAGAGAAAUAUUGCUCUACAGAUAAGGCAAGAUGUGAAACAACGAAGAGAUGAGGAGCUGCAUCAUUUGGCAGAAGAACUAAAGGCAGAGUGGCAAAAAGCACAAGAGGAGAAGAUUAAAGCUUUGGAAAAGCUCUAUUUGUCAAGCUUGAGAGCUAUAGGAGAAGGACAUAGACAGGCUAAGGAAAAUGAACCUGAUUUGGAAGCACUGGCAAAGCAAGCUGAGGAAAGGAGGAAAAGGGCAGAAAAAAGACAUGUGGAGGCAUUGAAGGAGAUGAAAAAUCAAAAAGAGAGGCUGCUAAGGGAACAAACACAGAGAACAAAUGCACGGAGGCAUGCAGUCAAUGUGGAAAAAGAGAGAGCUGCUAAAAUAGCAAGCCUCCCCCCUCCUCCCCCUCCCCCCUUUGAAAACAUAGACUUAAAGACUGCCCCCACAGUGAAAGUCUGCGAUGCUGACACUUUUUCGGUUUCUCACCAUCAUCUCUUUGGUCCACAUGUGGAUAGAGAAAUGGACACAGAACAGCCAGAUGCUCGGUUACUUGCUGAAGAUGAAGCCAAACAGAUAAAAGGACUGCAAAAUAACAAAGAAAGGGAAAGGAGGGAACGUCUGGAAAAAGCCCGCCUGAGAGGAAAGCAUGCCUUGAAGAUGGUUCGUUUAACCCAAGACCGGGAAAAGUUAAUGAAAGAGCUUGAACAGAUGCAAGUUAUGGACCUUGCCCGCAGAAGACAGAUUGUUGCCCAGAUGCCCCCUCAACUGUUUGAACCAGGCUACAGACGCGUUGAGCUCAAAGAAGAACGGCAGAGGGAGCUUGAGUGUGCCUUUGAAGACAUGUAUACUGGGGACAGGAAAAUGCAAGGAGAUCUUAUUUUGCACCUCGAUCCACAGCCUUUGCCAACCCUCUCUGAUCGAUCUCAAGACGAUGAACUGGAACUCUCUCAAGAACCUGACUCUGUAAGUGAAGGGCCAUCAAGACCAGGGGAUGAGAUCAAGGACAGUGAGCCAAGUGGCAGUAAAGUAGAAAAGACAUCCCAACCUCAAUCAAACUUAGCUCUAAAAAAACUGCUAAACAAGAUCAAGAACCAAAAAGACCACUGGAUAUCGAAAGAGAAGCCAGAGGCUCCAAGUGAAAUUGGAUCAAUAGAAUCAGGAACCAUUUCUAACAGGGAGAGAAGGCUGUGCGAAUCAGAACCUGAGAAUGAACCAAAGGAUGCUCCUGUUUUUGAAACCAAGGAGCUUCCAGAAACUCUGGACCAAACUGUUGUUGCUGGAAAUGUAGCUCAAUAUCAUCCACAAGAAGAAGCAACUAAAAUAAAACAGGAAACAGAAAGACAAAAGCAGAUGGAAUGGAUAGAGCAACAAAAGCAGCAGCUGAUAUUACUUCAACAGAUUGAAGAGCAGAAAAUAACGCUGGAGGCUGAUUUUCUGAAGACUCAAAUGUCGCACCAGGAACCGAAAGCUGAGAGAAAGGCAGAGAAUAACGAUCAGGAACCCCAAGCAGUAGAGGUGAACGAUACUGUCCUUGAUGUCCAUCAGCAGCCAAAAGUAGAACAGCAGGCAAUGAAGGAAGGUGGUCUGAAGUCUGAAAGGGAUAUAGAACCUCAGGCAGCCUGUACUUCUGAAGAGGACAACCACAUGCAGCUAAUUCGUGACUACCAGCAGCGUCUUCUAGAGCAAAACAGGAUGCACAGAGACUCCGUUGAAGAAGCUAGAAAACAGCUACACGAAUAUCAGACCAAGCUAAAACAAAGAUACCAGUCAGUUUCUGCAGCAUUGUUUGGUCGUGCUGACAGAUUUGUGCAAGUAAAAUUGGUCCCUCAGCCUUCAUCACACCUGCAUGGAUUUAAAGUAUUGCAGAGAGUUAGCUUGAUAGCAGAUCAUCCCUCAAAGAAUACUCUUGUACAAAAGCAAGCUGAAGUCCCAUUGAAGCGGAAAAGUAAAGAGGGUGUGCUUGAUAUAAGCAGACGAGGACAAAUCCAGCCUAUAGGCUCCCCGGAGAAUCAAAGAUCUUUUCAGCCGACACACCAGCAAAAAGAAAGGCUACCUACAUUGAAUAUACCUGUGACACAGCCAUGUGAAUUGCCAAAAAUGCAGACAUCGUUUGCAUUUAAGUCACAGGGUGCUUCCAAGGGUGCUUCCAUUAUGACUCAUCCAGGGCAGCCUUUCCCUGCAGACAGUACUUCCCCCUCUUCAGAAACGCCUUUGCCUGUGGUCCCUCAUGUACCUCAGAUAGAAGAGGCUCUUCCACUGUCCCUGAAGCAUCAAGACAUGCCUACUCAAAAUAAGACAAGAACAAUUUCAGACCAAAUGUCCCCGCCCCCUGCGCAACCAAACUCUUCUGUGCCUUUCGCUGUAACAAAUGAGCCUGAGAGGACCCAGGAGUCAUUGGUACUGAGAAAGGGAAGCGAAUCUUUGCCUGUUUAUUCUGAUAUAGUGCAAUUGAGAGACCGGAUGCUCGCUUCAUCUGAGAGCAUCCAGGCUCAGCAAGAGCACUUGAAAGAACUGCAGGAGCAGCUGGAUGAGCAACGGGAAGCUCUUCUUUCUCGGCAGAAGGUACAGGAGGACUUGCUCAUGCAGAAGCACGCUCAGCUGAAACAACAAAUGGAGCAGCAACAAGAAGCUUUGAAAGAGUUCCUUAAACGGGCAGAAGAGUCCAGCAAGUGCAAAGAGACUACUCAGGCGCAAGAGACUAAUAGCUCCGGUCUGUUGACAUCACUUUUAAAAGAAGUGAACAACAGCAGCCAGCAAGACGUUUGCUCUGGUGAUCUGAACAGCUUUUCUCAAAAGGAAGUUGUGUCUCAAAAUGAUGGUUCAGCAAGGAAAAUGGAGCCAUUUCAAAACACCUGGGGGAAAGAACAGAAAUGGACUCUUUCAAAACCACCUUUGGCAAAAGUAAAGUUAGGAUUUGAUUUGGAACAGCACGAACUUAGUGUCAUACCAGAACUUGACACACCAAGGAGCAUCAGACUUUCUGCAACAGGGUACAGAGAGUCUCUUACUGAAGACAUCUUCCCCACUUCUAAAUUCUAUCAGCUGGAAGGUAAUGCAAGUCCACCUGACUCUCACCAUGAAGAGGCAGAUAUACUAAGAAUUAUAGCAGGUGACAAAAAAGAAACAUCUGGUACAAGUCAGGAUCAGUUGCAUGGAUCGUGGUGUGAGAUGGAAGUGAUGGAAGUUAAUGCUUUGUCUGACUCAGUCUUUUCAGCCCAUUCUCAAGUGGAUCAAGAUUUGCUCAGUUAUGCCGUUGAUAUUGGAAGAAGAGCAGAUCCCGAUUCUUCAUUUAGAGCAAAUAGUAUGGUAAUGCUUCGCACAGCAUGGUCUCCUGAUUCAUUAAAUUUACAGACUUCUAUGCAACAAGUAGCCUGCAGCUAUUUUGCUUCAUCUCCUGUUUCUCCUGCCAGCAUUAUAACCAACUACAAUCCAGACAGAAAUCUUGAGAGCACGGAGCCCUGUUCAGCCAAGGACCAGCCCAAGCAUUUCAACCCUCCGAUGGAAGAGAAGGCAAAUGAUGCUUGGGGUACAUCCAUUUCUCCAUUGCGUGAGCAGGACGAUCCUUCAGAAGCCCUUUAUUCCCAUCUAUCUGUUAGAGAAGAGCUCCACUCUAAUGAAAGAAUUCAGCAAAUCAUAAACAAAUAUACAAGAGAUUUCACUUGGUCAUCUUUAAGCAACAUAUCUUCCUAUGAUCCAGCAGUAGGACUUGAUGCCACUGAAAUGGAAAGAAACUUUCCAAACUUCCAUCGUGAGCUUUUUCAGACCUUGCAGCCAAGUCCUGACUUCAAUAUCUCCUCAAGUUUUUCUCAGUGCAAAGCAUCUCCCAACAGCAAAGACCUAAACAAGAGUUCAGCUUUAUCUCAAAGUUGUGAAUUAACAGCUUCCAGUUUGGAAGACAGAAGCAACAGUCUUUCAUUUCUUAGCACAGGGAAGCUAAGUAAUAUUCUGCCAACAGGACAGACUGAUGAAGAGGUGGAAGCGACAAUGAAAGAUUUUCAACCAGGUGCUGAAGAAUCGUUUGAACCACUGCUAAUGGAAUCUGCCUUGAGUCAGCAUAGGCAGAGUGCUUCACCUCAAGCCUUUAGCCUUGUCCCUGAAUACAACUUUGAAGUCAGGAAAUCUGUUGAGAAUCGACUGUAUAUUUCACCUGAGAACAUACAGUACGAACAGCUGGGAGCCAAUGAGGAUGAUACUAAUCUUCGUUCUUCUAUUGAACAUUUUCGCAGUCUGAGCCAAGUUGAAGAUCAAACCUCGUUUUAUCAGCUGGUUCCAGAUUCUGAUACAGCGAAAAAUACUGUUGGAAGGACAGAGUCGCUGAAUGUGGGCAUGUGCUCCAGAGAGCAGAGCGUAGGCUUUAUGGAACUACCUUCUACGUCUAGUCAGGGGAAAUAUGAGGCUGGUAUUGAAAAUGUAACUAAGAGUGAAAACAUGGAAAUUAAUCUCUCUUGGGGCAGCCAACAGGCCGAAGGAGAACAGCAUUCUCCAAUAACAGAUACAGUGCUAGGACUGGCUCAAGAAAUGGAUUCAAAACUCUCAUUUGGUCUUACGCACAAUUCUGAACUGGAGAGUGAGCCUCGGAUGUUUCAGUCACCAGAUCAGAGCAUUGGGCAAGUUAGAGACUCGGAUUCUUGUUUGUCACAAAGUAACGUUCCAGUCUGGGAAAAACUUACAGGGAGAGGUAUUAUGGAAGAGCCUGACCUGACUUUAAUAAGUUCUAACGACAUCAGCGCUGCAGAAUCAGACCUGGAACUCUGUAUCCAAACAGAGAGUGGAAAUGAGAAAAGUGAAAACCUGUCAAACUCUGACUGUAUUGAGGUUAAAAGUUCUCCUGAGAGCAGAAGAUUUCUACCCCUAACUUCAGAAGUGGAUGAUUCCAUUUCCACUCAAAGUGAUCAGCUAUCAGGAACCCAAAGCACCCAAGAGGAAUGUGAGGAGAAAACCAAACCAGCAGCGUUGGUCACAACGGCCCCUACAAGCCUGCAAGAAUCAUUUUUGAGGCGGAAGAAAGAUUUCAUCGAGAGAUCAUCUAAAAGGGUAGAAAAACUUAAAAGCAGAGAUAAGAGUUCUGAAAAACCUCAGGCCAAGGGACCUCAACAGGAAAAAACGCAGCUUCAAAAACCGAAAGAGAAGUUGCUACGUUCUGGUACAGCUGUCAGCCGCCUCAAGAAAGUGGAAGAAGUAAAGGUGUGCUCUCCUGAUGACCGCAGGUCAAUAGAAAUCCAAAUGCACCAGCGCACUUCAAGAUUAUAUAAUAAUCUAUCUGAAGUGAAAACCAGGAAGGAGCAGAUAGCAAGACAAGAAAAUUACGCCAAAAACCGGGAAAGAGCAAAGGAAUUUCAAAAGAGAACACUGGAAAAACUACGAGCAAGAAAAGCCAAUGCAAAAACCUAGUAUUUAAGUAGGCUUAUUGUGGAUGAGGUGCAUAAAUGCUGUGAAAAAAACACACUGCAACCACCAGUGCAUAAACGAAUCAUAAACAUCUUCAUGAAUCCUGGAAGCUGUAAUUUCCAAAACUGUAAAGACGGUCCUGUUCCACUUGAAUUAUGUCUUAUAAAUCCUCCAAACCUUGUGUAUUUUUUAAAUGUCUCAAGCACUUUUGUAUUGUAGAUAUUUAUAAUAAAAUUGACCUUAAUUUAGAGGUGUAGUUUCUUUUAUUGGCGGCAAGGUUCAAAGGAAAAAUUCCCUUACAUUAGUUUUAUCCAGUCAGCAUACUAAUGCGUGCUUAAAGAAGCUAAAAAAUCUCAGAAACAGGAACAUAGUGGAUUCUAUGUAGCUUUACAAAUAUGAUUAGCAAUUUAGGCAUGUUCUUGAACUUUUAUGUAGUGUUUCCUGAUUCUCAGCAGAACUACAGAAUUUAGCUUGCUCUACUUUAUGGGCGAAAUGAUUUGAAACAUGCCAACGUAUUUGGUAAACUGCAACAAUGUGAUGACUCAUGGGCCUUGUAGUCCUGUUCCUAGUACUAUUGUGGCAGACGAAGAGGAAAACAUGGGGUUUUCGCCGGUUCAGCAAGAGCCGGAGUCUCUUCACCUGCAGGAUGUUGAUGUUUGCCCUCAAGAAUUCAGCCAAACAGGCCUUGGGCAGAACUCCCCCCCCCCCCCCCCCGUUUCCCAGAAAAGAAUCUUAUUCCAGAGAAAGGGAAAACAGAGAAGCUCAACGGAGGAGUUUACGCAUUGCUGCCAGAAAUCAAGCUGAUUAGGCUUGCUUCCCUUGGGAAAUUCUAAGGAGUCACACAUCUGGACAGAGUUGGGUUUCGCUUCUCGUUCUCUAGGGAAAGAGUUCUGUUGGCGGGAAAACGAGACCCAAUAUAGGUGGUUGGCGCGAAGAAUUCUUUGCGGAGUCAAUUGAUCAGCUUGAGGAGAGAGAUCGUGUGUGGACUUCGUAAUCCCAGUUCCUUGCUUUCCGGAUCUAGCUUCAAGCCUUGCCUUGUCUCACGGUUUUACCACGGACUCUGUUCAUGCUUCAUGUUCGUCUUGCCUCCAGUCACGGAUCUAGUCAAGAAUCAAGUUUAAUUCCAGUCUUGUUGUCAAGCUUCAUUGGACUUUAAAGACUCUGUUAUUUCCCCACACUAUUGCUUGGCAAAGUGUGUGUUUCGGUCAAGUGGAUUAAAACUUUGAACUCUGAUAUCUUAUAUUGGACAAUACAUUUUUGGACUAUAUUUGACCUCUUUUGAAAGGUCUGCUUCUGAACUAUAUUCUUCACUUGUUUUUAUUGCUUUUAUAUAUUACUUUAAUAAAGAUAUUAGAUAGA